AUGGGUAUUCCGGGGUUUUUUAAAUGGCUUUCUGAACGUUAUCCAGAUAUUAUAGAAACAACUAAUCCAAGAAAUAAAGUUGUUUCUUUAUAUUUAGACAUUAAUGCAUUGUUUCAUGUCGCUUUGCAUAAAAAACAAGUAAAAAAAAAAGGACCGGGAAGUCCACGUCGAAUGUUAUCUGAAGUAUUUGGAGAAAUGGACUAUGUCAUUGAAAGUUGUAGUCCACAGUUUGUUUACAUUGCAAUGGAUGGUGUUGCACCAAAAGCUAAGAUGAAUGAACAAAGGUCACGAAGAUACACUCAUCAAAAUGAUAACAUCAAUGAUACUAGUGGUAAUAGUAGCAGCAAUAUAAAUGGAAGUGAUAAUUUUGAGUUCUUUGUUCCAAUAAACUCAGUUGCUAUUACUGCAGGAACAGAUUUUAUGACUGCAGCAAAUAAUGCAAUCAGAUUUUACAUAUAUCAACGCUUGAACGGAAAGUAUAAAGCGCUUCAAAUAAUAUUCAAUGAUUCCAAAGUACCAGGCGAAGGAGAACACAAAAUUUUUAGAUAUUUAAAUACACAACGUUACGACCCAAAUAAUCGACAUGUUGUAUAUGGAAGUGAUGCAGAUUUUAUAAUGUAUGCAUUGCUGACGCAUAAACACAAUAUAUGUAUACUACGAUCAGGAAAUAAUGGUGAUUACAAAAUAGUUAACGUUCACAAAUUACGUAAACAUAUCCUUGCAGAUAUGGUAGGUGGUGGUGGUGGAGUGGGCGGGAAAAAAAUUGAUGGGAAUAACUUGAUUGAUGAUUUUGCAUGUCUUGUCAACUUACUUGGAAACGAUUUUAUGCCAAGAUUAAAACAUGUUGGCGAAGCAUCAUGUUUGCAAUAUGUUUGUAAUCUUAAUCCACUUGUAAAAAGUGAUAGUCUUAUAUCGGAAAAUCUUGGUGAAGAGACACUUGAAAACCGAGCUAAUGACUAUUUAAAAACAAUGUUAUGGUCAGUCCUAUAUCAUAAUGGAAGUUGUCCUAGUUGGAGAUUUUCCUAUUCUUACCAUAAAUCACCCACUAUGAAUGAAAUUUUGAAAUAUGUAAAUCCUAGAAUAUUCAACCCAUCGUUCACUUCAGAUUUUCCGAUGAAUCCAUUUGAACAAUUGGUUUAUAUCAUACCACCAUCAACUAGCUACCUUCUACCUGAAUCACUACGUGACCUUCUCACAGAUCCUGAAUCACCUUUGAAGGAUUUUCUCCCAAAAAAUUAUCCAACAAAGGGUAAUGGCACUGCAACAUUACCAUUUAUCGAUGAAAAGAUUUUGAUAGAGUCGGUACAAGAAAGGUAUCAAUACAUUGAUGAGAAUGAUUUAAAAAGAAAUUCAUUAGAUGGAAAAGUUCAUAUAUUUUCUGGUUGUAAGUCAAAAACUUAUUCAAUAAUAUAUCCACUUUGUACAAGUUUUGAUGGUAGAAUGACUAUGCCUGAUAAUUCCAUAAUUUUGGGUAAGUUAAAUCAUGAUGGAUGUAUGCUUGAAACAAUUAAAACACCAGUUAAUGGAUGGAAUGACAUUCGUAAUAAUUCAGUAGCAUUUGCUGAAUAUAAUUUACUAAAUCAAAUUCAAUGA